AGGGAAGCUCGUCGUUCGUCGCUCGUCGCUCGUCGCGUACGAUGCUUGUGCUCAAGAUAUCUGCCGAGGUUCAGGUACCCUACUUAUCACCAGAGGUGUUUGUGAAUUAUCGGUCGCUGCAAGCGGCCGUCAACCUGGACUUACUUGUCCGGCAGGUUCAUAACCCACCCUGAAUCAUCGCCUCGCUCCCACUCCUUUUCCGCGCUCUCUCACGUUUUCCGCGUUUUCAGGAGUUCGGGUAGUCUCAUGUAGCUCAACUCCAUCCUUCCUCUAUAAGAUUCCUCGCUACGACCUCUACGCCAGACGCAUGUAAUCCUCGCAGGCUCUCUCCUUCACUCGCUGUGGGCUUUUCCAAAAUCCUCUCUGCUCCUCCUCUCUCUUGCACUCUCUCCUUUCUCCUCUCUCCGCUUGGACCUCCGCUUGGACCUCCGCUUGGACCUUCUCUCCGUGUGGUGGUCGCUCUCUCAUGGCGGCUGUCUCCUAUAACCCCAUCUCGCCAUCAGCUUCUGCUCAACCCGUUCCCGCUACUCGCGUCUCUGCUCGCACCACCACCGUCAACAGCCAGCGCCCGCGCUUCCCGCUGCUCUCACAGCCGCAAUCCCCGCGACCGCAGCAGCAGCUGCUGCUUCAUGCAGUGAGUCAGCAGCGGCGAGCACCGCCCACGGCCAUGGGGAGUCAUCUCUCCGGCUCGUCUUCCGGCUUUCCCAGCCACCGCCGUGACUCCCCUUCUUCCCUCCCCUCGACUUCGCUCGUCCCCUCGCCGCCUCCCCUCAUCGCUUCGUCCCCCCUCGGAACCCCCCCCUCCCCCUCUACUCCUCGUUCCCUUCCUUCUUUUUCCGUGCCUGGGAAACUCGCUGCUGCCACAGCCGCCGCCGCGGUUGCAGCUGCUCUCACAGCUGCCGGCGCCGCUGCCGCAGCUCACGGCAGUGGUGGCGCGGCUGUUGCUGUCGUGGCGCCGUUUGAUUCGUCCACGGUGCCGCCUGCAGUGGCGGCAAUGAUGUCAGCACUACUGCAGGCGAUACAGCAGGCGAUGGGGGAGAAUCUGAGCGAGCGAGGAGGGAGGAGGGAUGCCAGCACCGGUGCUGCUGGUGCUGCUGCUGGUGCUGCUGGGACAACGGAAGGGAAUGGUAGUAAGGCGGACGGUUUUCUGAAGCAGUUUGAAAGCCCGGACGGGAGGUCGACAGGAGCCAUUCUGAUGCGUGCAGGGAAGACAGCAGAGGAGCCCACAACACUUGGAGGGCGAAAGGUGGAUCGGCUGCUGGCGUCGUGGCUGCAUUGCCCGCUCCCCAUGGUCUCCCUCGCCUUCGCCACGCUCACAGUGCUCAUGGGCCCGGCCACCGACGCCCCCCACCUGCUCUUCGAGUUCAUCUUCUCAGGCCCACCAGUCGACCAAUCGGCCGUUGCCUCGUUGCAACACUCAAGCUCCGCUGCAGCUGCCCAUGCCUCUGGUGCUGCCCAUGCUGCUGGUGCUGCUUCUGCAUCUGCUGAUGAUGCCGGUGGGGGGACUGCUGCAUCUCCUGCUCCUGCUGUAUCCACAGCAUUCAACCAGCUGACAGUGGUGAUGGAUGUGAUUGCAAGGAAGGAUCUUGUAACAGAUGCAGAGUACAGGCAACGAGUGUAUGAGGCCUCUCAGCUUGCUCGCCUGUGGGCACAGUGCGCUGCCGACAAGAGGUUUGAGCCAUUUGCCCCCGCCACACUGUUCCUGCGCGCUGCGCUCUCCCCCACUGCUCUGCUCUUCAUGCUCAAGCCGUCUCUUACCAGCAGCAGCAGCAGCAGUGUCGCAGUGACAGAAACCUCUGCUGGCAAACCAAGAGGAAACGGUGAAAAAACAGCACAGCCUGGAGCCCUCCCACAGCAGCAGUCAGCGAGCGCACAUGAGAGUGCUGACUGGUUAACUGAAACAAUAGAAGAGACUGUUUGCCCUCUUGCAAAGAAUGUGCUGGCUUCAUGGCUGCAUUCUGCUGGCAGUGCCAAGGUGGUCAAGGGGGAAGAUGAGCAGCAGGUGCUCUUGGCAAGAGAUAAGGCAAUUGUGGAGUUCGGCAUUGAAGUGGAUUUUACAGGUAAUCUCCCACGGUUGUUUGGGCAGGGAAUAACGAAUGAGAUAGUGGAUGCAUUCAGGAAUAUGUAGUGUUCAGCUACAUAUGCACUUGUACAUAGUGCAAUGAUAGUAUGAUAUUAUAAAUAUGUAACCUAAUUCAGAAGACAUGCUUUGGCAGAUUGGCAGAAAGA